AUGGCAGAAGAAAUUGUGAUUGAUCGGAAUACAUUCUUUAACCGACUCACGAGCUUUUAUUCAGCAUGGAAAGCAGACAGACGCUCCAACAAUGCCACUUUUGGCGGCGUUUCAUCUAUUGUUAUUCUCAUGGGGAAGACAGACGAGGCUAACAGUUUUCAAAAAAGCAAUGCGAUGCAUUUUUGGCUACUUGGCUAUGAAUUUCCUGCUACUCUUCUGGUAUUCACCACUGAGGCUGUAUAUGUUGUUACGACGGCUAAGAAAGCCAAACAUCUUGAGCCAUUGAGAGGAGGCAAAGUCCCAGUAGAGAUCUUGGUGACCUCGAAGAAUCCAGAAGAGAAAACGAAAUCAUUCGAGAAGUGCAUAGAGGCCAUUAAGACAGCUGGUAAAAAGGUUGGUGUCUUGCCAAAGGAUAUAGCUUCGGGCCCCUUUUCCGAGGAUUGGAGGAGGGCGUACGCAGCCGGUGGUGGGGAAUUGGAAGAAGUUGACAUAUCGGGCGCCCUGUCAGCUGCACUUGCAGUCAAGGAUACAGAUGAACUAGUAUCCAUCCGAAACGCGUCAAGAGCCUGUAGUGGCUUGAUGGCCGAUUACUUUGUGGACGAAAUGUCUCGUCUUCUUGAUGAAGAGAAGCAAAUGACCCACAAGGCUCUCGCCAUGAAGAUUGACGCGAAGAUUGACGACGCUAAAUUUUUCAACAAAUUAGCGAAACUUCCAAGUGAAUUCGAUCCCCAGCAAAUUGACUGGGCGUACGGCCCCGUUGUACAAAGUGGAGGGAAAUAUGACCUUAGGCUCACAGCUUCUUCCGACAAUAACAAUCUUCAACCAGGGAUCAUUGUUGCAGGAUUUGGAAUUCGCUACAGGACUUACAGUUCGCUCAUUGCGCGUACAUACCUUGUUGAUCCAAGCAAAUCGCAGGAGGCAAACUAUGCUUUCCUUCUACAUGUUCGCGAUGCAGUCAUCAAAGACAUUCGUGAGGGUGCAGUGGCCAAAGACUUGUAUCACAAAGCGAUCAGUUUGGUUCGGGCUAAGAAGCCAGAGCUUGAGACGCACUUCGUUAAAUCGGUUGGCGCAGGUGUAGGAAUUGAACUCCGCGAUUCUAACAUGCUGCUAAACGGGAAGAAUGACAAGAUAUUGAAGAGUGGCAUGACAUUUUCAGUCACGUUCGGGCUGACUGAUGUUGAGGACUCCAGUGCAAAAGAUCGGGGUAGCUCCGUUUAUUCAAUGGUCAUCACUGAUACAGUCCGUGUCGGCGAAAAUGGGCCACUUGUUUUUACGAAAGAUGCUGGUGUGGACAUGGACUCGGUUUCCUUCUAUUUUGGGGAUGAAGAAGAAUCUGAAAAGCCCGUCAAGGAGAAAAAGGAGGUCAAGUCGAGCGCCAUUGCCAGCAGGAAUGUCACCCGAACAAAGUUGCGUGCCGAGAGGCCAACCCAAAUCAAUGAAGGCGCGGAGGCCCGGCGUCGUGAGCAUCAAAAGGAACUGGCCACCAAGAAAACAAAAGAAGGGCUGGACAGGUUCGCAGGUACCACAGGGGAUGACAAUGGGGUCACACACAAAAAGUUCAAGAGAUUUGAGUCUUACAAAAGGGAUAAUCAGUUGCCCACAAAAGUGAAAGACCUCACUAUCUAUGUCGACCACAAGGCUUCCACGGUCAUCGUCCCUAUCAUGGGCCGACCAGUCCCAUUUCAUAUCAAUACAAUUAAGAAUGCCAGCAAGAGUGACGAGGGGGAAUAUGCCUACCUGAGAAUCAACUUUCUAUCACCAGGCCAAGGUGUCGGUAGAAAAGAUGAUCAGCCCUUCGAAGAUCUCUCAGCGCAUUUUCUACGGAACUUGACUCUGAGGUCCAAAGACAAUAAUCGACUCGCCCAGGUGGCUCAAGAUAUCACAGAGCUUCGAAAAAAUGCACUGCGACGUGAGCAGGAAAAGAAGGAAAUGGAGGAUGUGGUUGAGCAGGACAAAUUGAUCGAAAUCAGGAGUAAGAUAACCAUUUUAGACCGUCGUCCUGUCAAAUUACCUGACGUUUAUCUGCGGCCACCUUUGGACGGGAAGCGAGUCCCUGGUGAGGUCGAAAUACAUCAGAACGGCCUUCGCUAUAUGUCGCCCUUUCGCAAUGAACACGUCGAUGUGCUUUUCAGCAAUGUGAAGCAUCUUUUUUUCCAACCAUGCGCUCAUGAGUUGAUCGUCUUGAUACACGUUCAUCUGAAGACCCCUAUACUGAUAGGGAAAAGAAAAACUAGGGAUAUUCAAUUCUACAGAGAAGCUACUGAGAUGCAGUUCGAUGAGACUGGAAACCGCAGACGUAAACACCGUUAUGGGGACGAAGAGGAAUUCGAGGCUGAACAAGAAGAACGGCGACGAAGGGCAGCGUUGGACCGCGAGUUCAAGGCGUUUGCUGAAAAGAUCGCGGAUGCUGGCAAAGACGAAGGAGUCGACGUUGACAUUCCAUUCAGAGAAAUUGGCUUUACUGGCGUUCCCAACCGGUCAAAUGUCUUGAUUCAGCCUACUACAGACGCUCUGGUCCAACUAACUGAGCCCCCGUUCUUGGUCAUCACUCUUAACGAAGUUGAAAUUGCUCACCUGGAAAGAGUACAGUUCGGACUCAAAAAUUUUGACCUUGUGUUUGUUUUCAAGGACUUCCAUCGAGCGCCCGUGCACAUCAACACGAUUCCCGUGGAGUCGUUGGAGGGUGUAAAAGAUUGGUUGGAUUCUGUCGACCUCGCUUUCACAGAAGGCCCACUGAAUUUAAACUGGACUACUAUCAUGAAGACAGUAGUGAGUGAUCCCUACGGAUUCUUUGCUGAUGGAGGUUGGUCGUUCUUAGCAGCAGAAUCCGACUCUGAGGGCGGAUCGGACGAGGAUGAGGAGUCCGCGUUUGAGCUUUCCGAAUCCGAGCUUGCGGCUGCGGACGAGAGCUCGGAAGACGACAGCGAAUUUGAUGAUGAUGCUAGUGCUGAAGCAAGCGAUGACUUCAGUGCAGAUGAAGAGAGCGGUGAGGAUUGGGACGAGCUCGAAUUGAAGGCGAAGAAGAAGGAUAGGGAAGGCGGUCUGGACGAUGAUGAGCGGGGCAAGAAACGAAAGCGAUAG